AUGCCUCCUGUGGUGAUGUCCGAGGGGCCCUGUAGUGCAAGAGCGAGAAGCUUUAAAGCGAGGACAGGCGAGCACGAGCUCCUCGAUGGGCUGAAGCAACGAUGGAGAGGUCUCGGUGCGGACUGUAGCGAGUUACAAAACGACGGCUUUCAGUGUGCUGGUUACCACAUCGCGAAGCACGACGAGGAAAACGCGAUCGCACGCGCGGGAAGCACGGGUCGGAGUGCUGCAAUAAGGCGAACCUGCAGCGAAGCUGCAGCUCAGCUUCACGCCACACUACCUGGCGACGGUUCCUCCGACAUCCUCACUCGCGAGGCUCGUACUGCGGUGAUCGAUCCGUCUCCGUCUGCUCUAUCCGCGGUUGACGGCCCUCCACCGUUUAAGUCUAUUUUUGAGUCCACUCAAAAGUCGUCUGCGUCUGCUCCAUCCGCGGCUGACGGUCCUCCGGCGUUCAGGCCGUGGAGAACGAGCCGGCAUCCGAACCAGAAGCGGCCGACUCAGCACGGCGGUGUGGAUCAGCGGCCCCCGCUGGCGCAGCAGCCGUGUCGGCCGAAGCACUAUCAGCCUGAUGAGCGACGUCUGGACCAACAGCAGUCAGUCGACAGUCAGCAGCAGCAGCAGCAGCAGGUGGAAUUGCGGCUGAAAGGCGUUUCAGGACCCCGGUCGCUCUACAGGAGCGAAAGCGCGUUUCCCGCUCUUUUUCUCGAGUCGCUUGACGGCGACAGCGCUUACAAACCGUCGGAUCAUGCUGACGUGGCAGGCGGCAUUGGUGGCCGUCAGAGAUUGGAGGAGAGUGUCGGUCGCACGGUGUCGCUCGAGCAGUCCGCUCUCGAGGCCCUCGCCGCGCCGUUCAAGGUUCCGCACACCCCUCCGCGCGGUCAGAAGACGCGCCGCUUCCCUACGAGCCGAAGCGAGAGCUACACUCACAACAGCAGCAGCAGCAACCUCGGCAGCCACAGCAGCAGCAGCACCACCACCACCACGACGGGACACGGCUUCAGCACACCGACAGUCAGUCGCAGCAUAUCAAAGUACACACCGGCACGCGGCAUCAGUGCCAGGCCUUCCCCCGUCCCCCCAAUCGUCAUCAGCCCGGCUGUGCGCGCCUCUGGGGAUUCUUCCGCCAAACCCCGCGUCUCUUCUCCCAGCCUCCGCCCGCUCGUUUUCUCCCCCCCAGUUUCCUCCCCCGCGCGCGGAACCUCCCCGUUCGGACCAGCGCUGGUGCGGGAAACGGUCUCUACAGUACAGCUGAGCGCGCGGGGGGACGCGGGGAGCUAUCCGGGGGGGGUUGCGGGGGGAAGGGCAUUGGGGGAAGAGGGGGACGGCGCGGAGGAGGAGGAGCGGGAGUUCACGCGGCACGUGCUGGGGCGGCCAUACGCGGAGCUUGAGGCGCGAUACGAGGUGGCGGAGGGGGAGCUGGGGCGGGGGAAGGUGGGCGUGCUGCGCGCGUGCAGGUGCCGCGCGACUGGGCGGCAGUUCGCGUGCAAGACGAUCAGCAAGGCCGCCAUGAUUUGCGAGGCGGAGUGCGACGAGGUGCGGCGGGAGGUGCAGAUGAUGCAGCGCGCGCGCGGGCACCCGCGCAUAGUCGCCAUGCACGAGGCGCUCGAGGACGCGCGCGCCGUCCACGUCAUCAUGGAGCUCUGCCACGGUGGCGAGCUCUUCCACCGCAUCGUGACACGUCAGCGGUACAGCGAGCCCGCGGCUGCCAGCGUGGCGCGCCAGCUGGCGUCGGCGCUGGCGUUCCUGCACGCGCGGGGCGUGGCGCACCGGGAUGUGAAGCCGGAGAACAUUCUGCUGUGCUCGCGUGAUGAUGACACGAGCAUCAAGCUCACCGACUUUGGGGCCGCCACCCUGCUGCUGCCUGGCGCACAGUGCACAGAGCGUGUAGGCUCGCCCUACUACUUAGCCCCUGAGGUGCUAUCAGAGCAGUAUGGGCUGCAGGCGGAUGUGUGGAGCGCAGGCGUUGUGCUCUUUGUGUUGCUCUCCGGCUCGCCGCCUUUCUCCGGUCGCUCCAACGAUGAGAUCUUCCAGGCCGUCCGAUGCAAGGAGAUUGACCUCACGAGCAAGCCCUGGCCGUCAAUCUCGGAGGGAGCCAAGGAUCUCGUCCGUCGGAUGCUCACGAGGGACCCUGCGGCGAGGAUCACCAUGGAAGAAGUGCUAGGUGAGCGGGUAGGCUGCAUCGGUUGGGGCGGGAGGAACCAGGCUUAG